GCUUUAUGAUUUCAACAAAAAAAUGUCAUAUCAGUGAAAAUAAUUAUAGCAAGUAAAUGUAAGUACGAUUAAUUCUACUUAAUGAUACUGGAGGAACCUAGAAACUGCUCUAGAACAGAAAUACAAAAUGUGUUGAUAUUUUCAGUACACCAUGUUAAUAGUUUAUGAAAUUUUUAGGUCAAAACCAAUUGAUUAACUCAUACUCUUAACCAGUGCCGGUCUUACAGGUUUGAAGGCUAUAAACCAAAAUAAAAUAAAGGCUAAAAUUAAAUGUAUGUGUUACUAGAAAUUGAACCCAUGACCUCUAGCAAAAGCCAUUAAUCUCAAGACUACUAGAAUAAAGUCACAUUUAGUGUUUAAAUGGCCGCUAAAAUAUUUAAUUCUGUGGCGGCCAGAAAUCCAUGCUUUUCUUGUUUGUGGCCAGGGCCGGUACUGCUCUUAACUAAUUUUAACUACUGUUUUUUUACUAAUUUAAACUAAUGUUUUUUUUUUGAAAAAACAUUUAAACUAAUGUUGGUCUCUUCUUAAGUCAAACCAUAUGAAUACAUCACAAUAUUAAAAAGAACAAGUCAAGAAUUAUAUUAAAAGAGAUUACUUUUUAACUUUGUCUUUGCUUUCGUUAUCAUCUAUAUCUGUAUACGGACCUUUUUCGCCUUUUGGUAUAUAUACCCUUUCUUACUUUUACCUAAUUUUUUUAUUAGCACAAGCUAAUUAUCAUUAGGAGAACCCAUAUGCCACUUACGCCAACCAUAACUUCUUUCUUUAUAUAAGUGUGGUUAAUAUUGAGUUUCAUAGUAUGUGCGAAACACUUCAAGACUAAGAAAAACAAAAUGGAUCAGGGCCUUUCAAACACUAGUCAGGCAAGAUCUGUAGAUCGCAAAACGAUUGAGAAAAAUAGAAGGAUUCAGAUGAAAGCUCUUUAUUCAGAACUCAACUCUCUUCUUCCUCAAACCUCUAGGGCGCCUUUAACACUUCCUGAUCAGCUUGAUGAAGCUGCAAACUACAUCAAGAAGCUACAAGUGAACGUGGAGAAAAUGACAGAAAGGAAGGGGAAACUUGCUGCGACUGGAUCUUCACCCAUGUCAUCGAGUGUCGAUGUCUCUGUGCCUAGAAGGUUGCCAAAAAUUGAGAUUCAAGAAACCGGUCCGAUUCUUCACAUCUUUCUUGUGACAAGUGUGGAACACAAGUUCAUAUUCCAUGAGAUCAUUAGUGUUCUCACUGAGGAAUCAGGAGCUGAGAUCACUCACGCUGGAUCAUCAACUGUUGAUGAUACCGUCUUCCACACUCUUCAUUGCAAGGUGGAAGAUUGUGAUUAUGGAGCUAGUAGUAGAAUUUCUGAGAGUCUGAAGAAACUUGUGAACAAAUUCAACUAAUAUUAUCUUUAAUAAUGUGUACCCUUUUCCCCUCUUCUUGCAGCUUUCUUUUUUUUUGUUUGUUUCCGUUCUAUAUUAUUGUUCCUUUUGUUGAAUUUUAUCUUGUAAUGUGAAAGUGAUGUUUCAUUGUGAGCACAAUACAUAUCUUUUGAUCUCUACUAAAAACUGUGGGGAUUUAUGGAAAUUGUGAAAGUGAUGGUUCUCAUUUAA